CACGGAGCCACAUCUGGAAGCAAUGAGGCCGCAUUCCUGGUUUUAAAAGACUCGCUGGUUCAAAGCGUCGCUCUCAGGGAAAUGAGCUGGAGGACGUGAGCAGCGGCCGGUCGGCGUGGCGACGGUAGAGAUCCUCUGACUCCAUCACAUCUUCUCCAGCUGCUCGCUUUCAAUCAUUCAUUCACAUGUAAUCAUCAUCAUCAUCAUCAUCAUCGUCGUCAUCGUCUGAGCGCCAGCAUUGCGACACGCGUCCCGCCGCCCUUUGCCCGCCCGUUGGAGCCUUAUAAAGCGGAGCGGCGAGAGCGUCCUCACGAGCAGCAUGGAGCGCAGCGCACCUCUACGAGCUCUGGCCUGGCUGCUGCUGCUGAGCGGCGGCUCCGGGGGACGCGUAGCACCAGGGCUGAAGAUGGACCAGGCGCUGCUCACCUUCCACAACCAGCUGACUGAAGAGCUGCAGGUGCUCUACACCUCAGACUACUGCUACAAGUGUGUGUACCAGCCUCUGCUGGCGGUGAAACCCAACAACAACAACACGUCCGUGGUGGUCAGCACUCGGUUCUCUCUGAGCCUGCGGGUGGAUUCUCAGGUUGGGGGUGCAACUCUGUGCAGGUGGAGUCAGACCUAUGGAGAGGGGGGUCGCUACUCCGUCCGGAUCCAGGUGUCUGAGGCCGCCGCUCAGCCCAGCUGCACCCACGCCGUGGACACGCCGCCGCGCAACGCACACCUGCCUCUUCUGGCUGCAGCUCUCUCGCUGGCCCUCCUCGCCCUCUGCUUCGUGGCGGCGCCGUACGUCUACAGGAGGCGGUGCACAGCGCAGUGCAUGAAGGCCGUGAGCUGCCAGGGCCCGCAGUACUCACUGGAUGAUGACGCAGCAGAGGCUCCUGAAGCUGAGCUCAUCGCCGCGAAGCCCAAAUCCUCCCGUCUGCUCUCCUUGGACACGUUCCGCGGCUUCGCCCUGACGCUGAUGGUGUUUGUGAACUACGGAGGAGGAGGCUACUGGUUCUUUCAACAUGCACCAUGGAAUGGUCUCACUGUGGGAGAUCUGGUCAUGCCAUGGUUCGUGUUUGUCAUCGGCACGUCGGUGGUGUUGGCCUUCAGGUCCAUGCAGAGGAGAGGAGUCAGCCGGCGGCAGCUGCUGCGCAAGAUAAGCUGGAGGACCGUCGUCCUGGUGCUGCUCGGCUUCUGCUUCCUGAACUACUCUCCACGGGACGGCCCACUGUCCUGGUCCUGGCUGAGGGUCCCUGGGGUGCUGCAGCGUCUGGGCUUCACCUACUUCGUUCUGUCUCUGCUGCAGACUUUCUGGGGCCAGAAAGAAAUCCCUCUGGGAGCGACUCCCUGGUGGGAACCGGUCCAGGAUGUGGUCCUCUACUGGCCUCAGUGGCUGAUCGUCAUCCUGCUGGAGACUCUGUGGCUGUGCCUCACGCUGCUCAUGCCCGUCCCCAACUGCCCCACAGGGUAUCUGGGAGCCGGGGGCAUCGGGGAUGACGGUCUCUACCCAAACUGCACUGGAGGAGCAGCCGGAUACAUCGACGGCUGGAUGUUCGGGAACAACAUGUACAGAUACCCCACAUGCCAGGAGCUGUACCGCACCACGCAGCCCUUCGACCCUGAAGGUCUUCUAGGGACCAUCAACUCCAUCGUCAUGGGCUUCCUGGGGAUGCAGGCCGGGAAGAUCAUCGUCUCCUACAAGGGGAAGGACGUCCGCAUCCUCUGCCGGUUCCUGGCGUGGGCCGUCCUCCUGGGAAUCUCUGCAGCCAUCCUUUCUAAGUGCACGCGAGACGGAGGAUUUAUACCUGUCAAUAAAAACCUUUGGUCCCUGUCCUACGUCACCUGUAUGGGCUGCUCCUCCUUCCUGCUGCUGGGGGCCAUGUACUACGUCAUCGAUGUGAAGCGCUGGUGGGGCGGGCAGCCCUUCCUCUACCCAGGCAUGAACUCCAUCUUUGUGUACGUGGGCCACUCCCUGCUGGGCUUCUACUUCCCGUUCAGCUGGGAGAUGAGCUCCCAGCACAGCCACUGGGAGCUGCUGUUCCAGGGCCUGUGGGCCACUGGGCUGUGGGUGCUGGUCUCCUACCUGCUGUUCAGGAAGAGCUUCUUCCUGAAGAUAUAAGCGGGAUGACCCGUCUCCUGUUUCCUCCAUGUUGCAACGUUCAAAUGGUGUGGAUGUUAAACGAUGAUCAUGAGCUCAGUAAUAAAUCUGUUAUAGCUUCA